AAUGUUGGAGUUCAGACGGACAAUUGCUAGUAUAGCUGAUUUUAGUUUUACUAAAUGAGAAUGAAAACCUACGCAAAACCCCUCGCGCAGACCAGAAAUCACAUAGUUAACCUUAACUCAAUCUGAAUGACCAAGCAAUUGGUAAACGAGUAGAGAUGCUGGUGAACGAGGUAAACGAGUGAGGUAAACGAGUACGGUGCAGGGUCGACUGCGAAAGAUCUUACAACGCAUGCUGCUGAGACCUUAUACAAAAUCUUUCAUAACGUACUAGACAAAGUGCUAUGGUGACUAGUGUAAACGUUUACAUCUGAAGCAGUGGUGAGCGUGGUCGGGAUAGGGCCGGCGUCCAUCACGAGGUGCAGGCGGGUCGUGGUCGAUACGGCGAUGGAACUGGCCGCUACCAGGGACGUUGAAUACGUGGCGAAAUCUACAUCGUGACCGCGGAGAAAUGCACGCCUCUUGAUUCCACGAUACACUGCAAAAAAUCCUCGCGUAAAAAUUACUCAAAAUUUGAGUACGUAGUAAAUGUGUUCACAGUGACGCACAAUAUUUGAGUAACAUUACCGCAAUUUCUUGAGUAAAAUUUACUCAAAAUUUAAGUAAAAUGAACUGCGUUCACGGUGACACCUAAAACGUCCUUAAAAUGUGUAAUUUACUCAACUUGAGUAAAACAUAAGCUCUAUGCAAUAUAUUUGAGUAAAAUUGUGUAAAACAAACGUUUCACGCGGGGCAACGGAGUAAAAUGUUACUCAAGUUUUCUAGGAUCUGGUAUUCUUGGUUUGCCUAAUUCCUCUUUUGGGGUAGUAGAAACGAUAACAAGACGAGUGCGACUUCACCAAGUUCUUCUAUAUAAAAUACACACAAAAAAUAUAUGAGUGAACUUCAGACGUUCUUCCCUUCCAAGAGCAAAAUAGCGCAGGAUAUUCUUCCUUGAUUUCUUUAAUUGGUUUCUUUUCGUCACCAACUUUCGUCGAUCGGGGAAUGUCAACAGCAUUCGUCUGGCAAUUUUCGCCUUAUCUGGUGUCCGUUUAAGAAAUUCGCUCUUCAAAAAAUUGCUUGUGGAGAUUCAUGAAGAUUCAUCUUCACCUUAAGGAAAGGCCGGUUCCCAGAUCAAAUCACCUCUUUUGAUUUUCUUCAAUAAACUUCCUGGCGAUGUAGCACCCGUGGUUGCUGCAAUUAUUUUUAAUUUCUGUACUUGCAUUUCUGGGUUGUCUUUCAUUCUUCUUUCGUUACGAAAUUUGCGUAAAGCUGAGCAACCCAAGAAUCCUUAGAAGCGAAGUUGAGCAUUUUUUUACUAUUUAUAAGUAACAAAUCCCCUGGGCUCAAGAACAAAGGUUCAUAAAUUAGGUAACAAUUUUUCUUAAUUUAGUUUCACAUAUCUAUUUUAAUACCAAAAAUCCUUGGGCAAAACACCAUCUAUAUAGUUUUCCCGUUUUAGACGGGGAACUUCAUUAGUGUCAGUGACUGGACAGUUCUUGUUGGCACAAACUUCUGUCUCCUCACCGCCGUCUUCUUCUUUAAUGUUGGGUAAAAUUUCUAAUGUUCUGCUUGUUUUUUUCGGAGGAUUUUCUCCUUCUCUUACUUUUAGAAGACUUGCCCUUUAAGGAAAGAUUCCGUAGCUCCUCUUCAAGUUUUUUUCCCUGCUUUAGCUCAAGACGUAAAUUUCCGUAAAUAUGUAGCCACAAGAGGUGACAGGAAUAGUUGCCAAUUAUUUUAAAACAGUAAAAAAAGUUUGAAAAGCUAAUGGUCUACGGAUGCUAGAGUUUUAGAUACCCUGUCAGGAAGAUUGUUGAUACUAACUUCUACAAUCUUCUCUUCUUCUACAAUCUUCACCUUCUUUGCCAUAAAGUUCAUGCUGCAGGAAAGCCAAUAAUAUUUGGAAUACCAGUAGAAUAAUGAUGACAGAAUUCUGUAACAGAAUUUCUCCAGGUAGAUGGUUUGCCGACAUAAUAGUAGGAACAAAACCCACUAUAACAUGUAUAAGCUUCAGCAGAGAACCUAGUUUCAAGUUGAUUAGAAGAACCAGAGAAGAAAGAAGAAAGGCUCCUUACAACAGACAUUAUGUCUUUUACUAAAUAAUCGGAGCAAGUGUCAGCAAGAGAUUGAGGCGGUGGUUCAUCCAAAGAACAUAUACAAAGCUUUCCUAAACUGUAGAAACACCAUUGUAGAAACACCAUAUUGUACUUUCCUGCCAUAUUGCCAACACCAUCAUAAGAUUGCCCUCUGCAGUUGGCCAUUGACAAACCAAGGUCAGCUACAGCCUUCAGUAUCAUAUUCUUCAAUGCCGCUCCACUGGUUCCAGCUUCACAAUGGUAGAAACCAACAAACUCCUCUCGAAUCUGUUGAGUUGAGUCGACAAAUCGUAGGACUAAAGAGAGCUGCUCUUUGUUGGAGAUAUCAGCUGCCUCGUCUGCCACCACUGAGAACAGCAUACUUUCUACAAUUUCUGCUGAGAUUUUUGAGGUAAUGUAGCUGUCAACGGUGUUAUAAUCUUGUCUUUGAUCUGCCACAAUCGGUUCAUUAGGCCAAAAAUUGUGAUAAGAUAGGAUUACUUUCAAUGUUGCCAAUGUUGUAGGGGAAGGUGGGGUUGACUGUUUAAGGUCUAUCUUUAAUUUCGUCGAGAAUUUGCUUCACUCUUUUCUCUUGAAAAAAUAUUCAUAUUUACUUGCCUUAUCCAUUUCUUGGAAGAGUCGACGACUUACUACGCUUUUUGGUCGUACUCACUUGGAGUGUGUCUAAAAACCCCUUUGCGUCCCCAUUCUAGUCCUGUAAACAUCAACUAUAACGUGGCCUUUUCGAGUUUGUUACAAGGUUUGGAAAUUUUAAUUUGAAAAUUAAACGAGACUUACCUGUAAGUUUGAUUUGAAUUAUAUAACGUCAUCAGUGUGGAACGAAGGAGUAACAUGAGAAGCACGCGCUCUCUUUCCUAGCCAUAUUAUAAAGACAGCCAACUCGCUUAUUCUCACACGGAACGAGGAAGUAUCGGGAGGGACAAUCUCCACAAUUAAGGGAGGACAUGUUGUCACUACGGAGUACCAUGAGAAUUGAAAGAUGCGAAAUCAAAGUGAACCCGAACCAUCUCAGUGUUUGAUACACCGUCUUAAUAGUUUAUUAGCGACCUUAAGAUUAGACGACGGAUAAUAGACGACGGUUGUUACGGACUGGAUCUAGCCUUACCGUCGUCGUCUGAGGGCGGGAAAUUUAAGAUUAAAAAAUAAACAGACGACGGGGAAUUCACAAAAAUCGAAAUGACAACUUUCAAAAAGACCAGAAAAUUUUUAGUUGAAAGCUAUUUUGAUACCAUUAUCGACGACGAAGAGUUUGUGUUGUUGUAUGAUAGUAAUUUUUCCAAAAAUCCAGCGUUUCCUUACCAAGAAUACGGCAGAUUUUGUCUGGAAAAGUUGGAAAACACUGAAUGCGAAGCUGAGCUGCGAUUCAGAAAAAAUGAUAUACCUGAGCUUGCUGAAGCUCUUGGUAUACCUGAAUAUUUUAAAUGUCCUCAAGGAACGAAGGCAGAUGGUCUUGAAGGAUUAUGUGCUGUUCUGAAACGCUUUGCCUAUCCUUGCAGAUACUCGGACAUGAUACCACUGUUUGGCAGGGCAGUUCCUGAACUGAGCAUGAUCACAAAUGUAGUUGUAGACUACAUUUAUGAUCACCACGGCCACCGAGUUUCUCACUGGAAUGAAAUGCUUUUCAGCCCUGAUAAUCUAAAAGAUUAUGCUAGUUCUAUUUUUUUAAAAGGAGCUGCACUCAAUAACUGUGUUGGGUUUAUUGAUGGAACUGUCCGAGCAAUUUGUCGGCCAGGGAAACUGCAAAGAGCUGUCUACAAUGGUCACAAACGUGUCCAUGCUAUUAAAUUUCAAUCUGUUGCUCUGCCAAAUGGAAUGAUUGGUCAUUUGUAUGGACCUAUGGAGGGAAGAAGGCACGACUCUUUUAUGCUUGCACAAUCUGGUCUACUAAACCAACUUCAAACAUUUUGCUUUACUGAAGAAGGCCAACCUCUAUGUCUAUAUGGAGACCCAGCUUACCCAUUAAGGGUACACCUGCAGGCUCCAUUCAGAAAUGCUGUUUUAACUCAGCCGAUGAAAGAAUUCAACAAAUCUAUGAGCAAAGUUCGCAUAGCAGUUGAAUGGCUUUUUGGAGACAUCGUGAACUAUUUUAAAUUCAUGGAUUUUAAAAAGAAUUUAAAAAUUGGCCUGAGCUGUGUUGGGAAAAUGUAUAUUGUUUGUGCAAUACUACGCAAUGCAUUAACUUGCCUCUAUGGAAAUCAAACCUCAGAGUAUUUUGGUCUAAGCCCUCCCACUCUACAAGAGUAUUUUGGGAACUAUUGACUAAAGACAUUGUAGAUAAAACAUUUAUUGCACACUCUGUAAAGUACAGUACAAUAUUAAAACCAUAUAACCUUAAACGUUUAGUUAUCUCAAGACUUCAUAGAAUAACAAAACAAUGUUCACUGUUUUUUUUAAAUACUAUGUAAAAACUAACAGUUUUUAGAAACUAUAUUUCAAUAUAGUCCAAGCUAAAAUGGAAUAUGAACACUUUAUAUAUAUAAUAGUUUGUCAUAGCUUACUUUCUAUGGCUCAGCUGUGUUAACAAAGUCAGAAUAAGAU